CUCAUCUCCUUCCUACCACCGCAUAUAGGCUGGCUACGACCUCCGUCCUCUCCCUUCUUUCCCAGCGCGACGACCUCGACGCCGCAAACAUCUCUGACACAGCUCUCUGCGUCGCCACGACGGCCGCCGUCCUGCAUAGACGCGCGCUUGUUGAGCCAAGCUGCGAAGCACGUCUCCACCCUCGUCGUCCCUGGUUUCCCUUUUCCUGCUGACCCCGCUGAGGUGGUAGCCCAAGAUGGCCACCCUCAACGUCAAGGAUGCACUCUCGUAUCUGGACCAGGUCAAGGUCCAGUUCGCAGACCAUCCAGAUGUCUACAAUCGCUUUCUCGACAUCAUGAAGGACUUCAAAUCACAAUCCAUCGACACGCCCGGUGUUAUCGAGCGCGUCUCGACCCUCUUCCGGGGCCAUCCAUCCCUCAUCCAGGGUUUCAAUACUUUCCUGCCACCCGGCUAUCGCAUAGAAUGCUCUAUGGACCCCUCUGAAGCGAAUCUGAUCACUGUCACCACCCCCAGCGGGACCACGACGCAAAAGGACGGCGCAAAGGGGAUCGCGGGCGCGGUCAGGCAGGGAGCAGCAGCAGCAGCGGCAGCAGGUCGUGAAGGUGGGCAAUCUGGUCCCACAGCUAGCGGAAGCAGCGGCAGUCCUCCGAGCGUACCAGCGCACCCUGCUGCACCUCCCAGUGCAGCCAACGCAGCGACCGCAGCCGCCGUAGCCGUCCCAGCUCAAGCUCCUAAGCUGCCGCAAGGCUCCCUGGCCUCACUCCAGCACGGCCGCGCCCUCUCACCACCAGGCGCAGCGAUCACGCCCGGGGCAGCAGCAGGGGCAGGUGUCCUCUCUCAGCAUCCCCAGCCGCCUCCCCCUCAGCAGAUGCAGCAUCAACCACCCCACCCAGCUGCCGGCUCAUCAUCCCACGGCCCGCCCCUCGCGGCAGCAGCAGCCGAGGCUGGACCUGGGCCUGCCGGCGCCGCCCCCGGUGGUGGACCUCCCCCGUCAGCGGAUGGCUCACGUCCGCCACUCGAGUUCAAUCAUGCCAUCAACUACGUUAACAAGAUCAAGCAGCGCUUCAGCAAUGAUCCAGAGACGUACAAGCAAUUCUUGGAGAUCCUGCAGACGUAUCAGAAGGAGGGGAGAGCAAUACAGGACGUCUACGCGCAGGUCACUGUUCUGUUCGAGGGGGCAAAGGACCUGCUCGACGAGUUCAAGCAGUUCUUACCUGACACGUCCGCGCAGGCGCAACCUCAGCAGCAGCAACAGCAACAGCAGCAGUCACAGCAACCACGCCGCGACGUCUCUGGGGGCAAGGCCGGCCCCUCAUCUGGAGCCCAAACGCAACGAGGCAAGAAGCGAGCAGCCCCUGCCGCCGGCGAUGCAGCAGCUGGUAAGGCCACGCAAGGCGCAGCCGCCACAGGCCGUAGCAAGAAGGCCAAGCAUGGCCACAAGGGCCAGCAGCAGCAGGAACGCAUGCCAUCUCCCGCACCAGGUAUGCCACCAAUGAUUCCACCCGAGCAGGCACAGUAUGGCUUGCCACCCACCGCCGCUCAGCAGCUUGGCGCAGCUUAUGCUGGUCCUGAUGGUCUUGUGCCCGCCGACGCAGCAGCAGCGGCAGCGGCUGCCGCUGCGGGCCUCGUCCCCUCAAACGUUGUAUCUGCCGGCAUCCCCCUGGGUCCAGCUUACGCGCCGCUCGCCACCCUUGACGAGGUCGCCUUCUUCGACCGCGUCAAGAAGCACAUCGACGACCGCGGCGCUUACUUGGAAUUCCUCAAGCUCCUCAAUCUCUACACGCAAGACGUCAUCGAUGUGCGCACUCUCGUGGACAAGGCUGCGGCUUUCAUCGGCGGGCAUCGCGACCUGUUUGCCACUUUCAAAAGCCUGUGCGGCUACGAGAUGGGCAGGCACGGCUGGCUCGAGGAGGAAGAGGCCGUCAUUGAGAACACGCCUGCGCUUGAACGCCCGCGUAUCGACCUUAACACGUGCGAGCAGUACGGCGCUUCGUAUCGCCGCCUGCCGAAGGAAGAAGUCAAUCUCGCCUGCUCAGGGCGCGACGCCAUGUGCUGGGAAGUGCUCAACGACGAGUGGGUCUCACACCCUACCUGGGCGUCCGAGGGUGAAGGAUUCAACCCGCACAAGAAGAACAUCUACGAGGAUGCGCUCUACCGCUCUGAAGAGGAGAGACACGAGUACGACUACCACAUCGAGGCCAAUCUUCGAACGAUUGCCCUGCUCGAACCCAUCGCCGCACGCAUCGCAGCAAUGGACGAGCAAGAGCGCGCAACCUUCCGUCUUAAGCCGGGCCUCGGAGGACAGUCCCGCUCGAUCUACCAGCGUGUGCUGCGCAAAGUCUACGGGCGUGACGCGGGUGCGGAGAUUGUCGCUGCAUUGCACGACUCCCCUUCCACGUCCAUCCCAGUCGUUCUUGCGCGUCUGCGCCAGAAGGAUGAGGAGUGGAAGCGCGCGCAACGCGAGUGGAACAAGGUGUGGCGUGUGGUCGACGAGCGCAACUGGUGGAAGAGUCUUGAUCAUCGCGGCGUGUCCUGGAAGGCGUCGGAUAAGAAGGCAAUCACGACUCGCGGAUUGUUGGGCGAGAUCGAGCUGCGAAGGAGCGAGGAUGUCGGUCGCAGAUGGAUGAAGGAGCUUGGCGCUCCGCGCACGCUUCUGGGCACGGAGAGUGGUCGUAAUGUUGGCCCGAACGGAGCCGCAAAGACCUCCUCCACUGGCCCAGCCAUCGAGGGCAACCUCGCCGCGUCCCAACAGGAGCCCUGGCACCUUUCCUUUGACAUGUCCGACCGCUCCCUCAUCUACGACGUCAUCAAGCUUGCCCUCUCUCAUCUCGAUCGCGGGCCAUCGUAUUCGCGAAGCGACAUCGAUCGCAUUGAGAUGUUCAUUCGGUCCUUCUUGCCGCUCUUGAUGGGAGAGGACGCGAAGGCUUGGGAAGACGAGAUGGGGUUAGAACCUGUCAGCGCAGGCGACGAUGAGGAGCAGAACCAUCAGGCGACUUCAUCCGCAGGCAAUGCGGAGCGCAGGCGCAAGGACGAUGAUUUGAGGAUGCGCGUGCUCAGGGGCCAGGCGGCGAACGCGCCUGCUUCAACCAGUGCCGCGGAUGGUGACAGCGAGAUGAAGGACGGCAACGCCUCGAGCGAGACAGCGGUUCCUACCAUGGAGCAAACUUGGAUUCGAGCCGACACUCGUGCUCCCUUCGACUCCCAAGCCAAUGCUCAGCAGCAAGCCCAGUCCUCCACAUCCAGCGCUGCCAACGGUUCGACCUCGUCAGCUUCAGCACACACCCUCAACUUCUUCUGCUCCAGCGCUCACUAUACCUUCCUCCGCCUCUUCCACCUAGCGUACGUGCGCCUGGCAAAGAUGAAGCGCCUCUCCACCGAGCUGGGCAAGGAGUUGGACGAGAAGAAUGCGCGACGCAAAGAAAGGGGACAGAAGAGCGGGGUCAUUCGCGGAAACCCACUGGCGUUGCAGCUCGGCUUGCAGGACAGGUUUGGUGGGAUCGGUAGUGUAGUUGGUAGUAGCGCUGCGAGCGCAGGGGCGGUCGACGGGAUUGAGCACGCCAAUGGAGAGGCAGCGGUGAGCCAGUUGCCUUCCGCCCCAGUGAGCGGAUGGGAGCUCCACCCCUCGAAGUACUACAUGGUUCUACUCGACCUGAUCGAGAAGUUGUUCGAUGGAGAUUCGAUUGACCAGAACAUGUACGAAGAGUCUAUCCGAUUCAUGUUCGGCAUCGAAGGCUUCGUAGUCUUCACAAUCGACAAGGUGCUCGGUGGUCUAGUCAAGGCGACCCAAUCCAUCAUCAACGACAGCAAGUGCGCGGAAUUGCAGGCAUUGCUGGACAGAGAUCGACGCAGUCACCCCGGCCCCUCUGGAGCAGCUGGCUCUGGCGCCCCUGCAGCGCGCGACGCUCAAGCCGCAGCGUAUCGCCACCAAAUUGCGACACGAAUGAGCGCAGAGUGCCUCGUAGGCAAAGAGGAGCACCUCUUCCGCGUCGGAUGGACUCCCUCUACCUCCAGGCUUGGAAUCCAGAUGCUCUCCCGCGACGACCCUUCUGCAGACUUGCCGCCUUACCUGAGCCUGCGCGGCGUAGGUGCUACGGAGGCGGAUGGUGAAGAUGCGGAGAAGCUGCGCGAGGAACGCUGGCUGUACUACGUUGCCUCGUACGCCCUCUGGGCUCCUACGGAGGGCUUAGUAGGGGAGGUGAGGGGGCCCUUCCUCAGGAGGAGCCUGGGCGGAAAGGUCGGAGCUGGCGAAGAUGCUACCGCCGCUUCUACGGAGGGUGUACAACCUGCUUCUGCCGCCGCAUCGCCAUCAGCCGGAGCUGUGACAACGACAGUUGCGACAGAAGGCUCUUCAUCGACGUCGCCCUCGGAGCGACAUAUCGUCUCGCCUGGCUUGGAGAUUAAGGUCUGCUUGUCAACGUACCGACUCUUCUUCGUAGCCGACACCGAGGACACUUUUGCUCGUCAGCACGUCGCUGCUUCUUCCUCCGCUACGGAUGGCGCGGCCGCGCGCGAGUCAAGGGUCAAGGCUAUUAGAGCACAGGCUAGCCAGGGGAAGAAGCGCUUCGAUCAGUGGGUCGAGGAGAGGAGACGGGCGAUUGAUGAGGAAGGUGUGGAGAAGGAGGAAGAGGAGCAAGCGCAAGAGGCCGAGAAGGAUGAGGCAGCACCUGCACCGACAUUGCAGGAGGGAGGCGGAGAGGAGAAGUCACAGGAGACGGCUACGGCGCAGGAGGUCAAGGAACAGGAGCAGCCUGCUGAGAUCGCGGCAGAGAAGCAGGAAGAGCAGCAACAACAGGCUCAGCAAGAAGUCGCACCCGCUGCGAUCGCCAGCGGCGAUACGGAGAUGACUAGCAUUGAGGCCGCUCCGGCGACCAUCUCUGCUACUCAGCCUGCCGCGGCUGCUGAGGAGGAGGUCAAGAAGAGCGCCGAGCCCGUCACUACGGUCGACCAGGCAUCAGCUCCCGCAACCGCUCCCGCCACCGAAGCGGUCGGCAAGGAGCAGGCAGCUUCCGCCGCCUCUGCUGCGCCUGCGGCUCCCGCUAGUACGGCUGAGACUGUUCCUGCGGAGGCUGCGACAGCUGGCGCAACUGUCGCUCCUGUUAGUGGCGAGGACAAGAAGCCCGAGGAGGGGCAGCUCUAAGCCUCUGUCGAGGUCGCUGGUAUCUUGGCUCUCGCUUCAAUGUUCCCCACUGCAUGCCUCUUACUUUCUCUUCUUGCCAUGUUGUUUCAAAGUAUUACAUUCCGUCGUGCGAAGUCAAAGCAUCAAUGAAUCGAGCAUCCCUACAUUUCUCCC